AUGGAUCGCGACACGCCGGUGCCGAGGAGGAGGAGAACGGGGAGCAGACAUGCCGGGGAGCCCUCUUCGGCUGUGGCGGUGGAGACGACGAACGGGGGCAAGACAACAUGGUUGUGGGAGGCGGGCGGGAGACUAGUGGAGACCCGGUCCGUCACUGCCGAGCAGACGAGCGCGAUCAACACAGAAGAGGCGGAGGACGAGGAGUGGACAGAUGAUGCCCUCCCCCUCAUCGCGAGCAGCCGUCCUCUCCCUCAUAGAUGCCCCAUGUACCCCAGGGGUGGAAGCCGGGAAGAGAUCGCAGAGUGGCACAGGGCUACUAGAGUCGCUUAUGAGAAGGCUGCCAACGAUCCUGUCUCCAAUCCUCCUAUCUUGAGGGAGACAAAGGGGAGGGAAACGCCUUCUUCCAGUGAGGUGAUCUCCACGAGACAAAGGGAGGUGCUUUUUAGGUUAUCUAGCUCGAUUGUCAGCAUUUCCUCUACCCGGGUUGGAGAUGAUGGGGUGCCAGUAUGGGAGUUUACUGGAAUCGUCAUUGGUCCAUCCGAGUCUGAUGAGCAUGCUAGGAUACUGACUAGUUCUGAUACUGUCUGUGAUUAUGAUGGGAAACUGCUCGAUCGCAAGCUACUUGUUCGUUUGCCAAAUAAGGCAAUUAAGGAUGGAGAGAUUUUGUUUUUUGAUCCCUACUAUGGCAUUGCUGUCUUGGAGAUCUCAGUUGAUAUGCCAUUGCGAUGCCCUUCUUUUGUGUCAAGUCCAGAGUACGGAGACAAGGUAUUUGUAUUGGCGAGAGAUGAAGAUUCUUCGCUGUUGACCACGUCAGGGAGGGUCAUGUGUCACAAUGAAACUUAUGUGCACCGCAACUACUAUUUGUAUGUGAGCUGUGUGCUUCCUGAGGCUAGCACAUUUGGAUUAGUAAUUGAUCGAGAUGGAGAUGUCGCUGGAUUGGCUUUUUUUGUUGGUUGGUCAAAAACUGCCGUUCUUCCGAGCUUUAUUAUCAGAACAUUGGUUGAAAUGGAAAGGAACUUCAGUUGUAUUGCUCGUCCAGAACAUGGUUUGUGUCUGAGAGCGGUGCAGUUUCUGGACAUGCAUAAGAGGGAAGAAAUCUUGUAUCAACACAAUAUUGAUAGCGGUUACAUCGUCGAUGAGGUAGCAAUCAACUCCACUGCAGAAAUCAUUGGGAUUAGGCGUGGGGAUGUGAUUGUUUCAGUUAACGGGGUGUGCUCUCAGACUAUGCCAGAGUUGGAGGAGUAUUUGCUUUCUCUUGGCUGGAAGUUUCUGGAGAGGAAAAUUAAAUCAUCCAAGAUUGUUCUGAAGUUAAAGGUUUAUGACCCCCUCAAGUGCCAGGAGUACACUCUAAGCCUGCCUCUGGGAUUUUCUUGCCUUACAGCAGUAAAGGAGAGAGUGAAGGUGCAAGUAACUGAGAAGACAUCACCUGGCAUCAAGCGCAAGAAAACUACUCCUGUGCCGAUGCCAUCUGGAAGGGUCUUACGCCCUCGUAAGAAGUGA